AUGUCGGCGAACCGUGGUAUCUUGAAUGCCAUUGUCUGCAGUGCAGCGGUCCGUAGUGACCAAGAGUUGAGCUCACCGUUUUGCACGGAUGAAGAAGAUGCGGCUGUGACGAAAGGCCCCGGUACUUCUUCUAGAGUGCAGAAGAGUCGUUCGUUAACAGAGAUGGAAAGUAAGAUCAAGGACCUGCAAUCGUUGAUUGGCCACUAUCAGGAGAAUGAAGCUGUUUUAGUGUCUAGCACCAACGUCCUGUCCAGCGAAAUCAUGGGCUAUGAAAUUCAGAUGGCUGGUUUACACGGGAAAAUAACGAGCAUGAUGGACAAAAACGACGCAUUGAGGAAAACGUGCAAGAGCUUCUCCGAAAAGAGGGGAAGAUCUGUACCGCUGUUUCCGAGGAGCGAUGCAGAAGCACACUGCGAGGAACGCAGUGUGCUUGUUGAUCUCAAGGAGGAAGUCUGCGCUAAGCUUCAGGAUUGCAACAGUAUCCAGAACACGGUGAAUGCCAAAUUGGACGAGGUCCAUGAAUUUUAUGAAAAGUACUACGAGGACCUCGAGCUGAAUUUUGCUGACAAAGUAUUCGAGAGGGACACGACAAAAGAGUUGGCUAAAGUGAAGCAAGAAUUGAAGAAUGUAAGGAAAAACUCCGAGAUCAAAGUGAACAACCUGCAAAUACAAUUGAUACAGGCAAACAAGUCGUUAGAACUUCUCAAGAGAGAGGUCAAAGUGAAGGACGACUGUAUAAAGUGCAUCCCUGAGCUUGUUAACAAAACCAACAGCACGUUGCUGUCAUACAAGAAGAGCAUCGCCAACCAAAAGGAGACUAUUGAAGCGUUGCAGACGGAGCUGUCGCAACAGACAGAGGCGCAAAGACUAGUGGAAAUGCAACUGCAAGCGCAGACGCCCACCAACGUGACUCUGGUGGACCCCUUUGACGACAACGAUCCCAAAGAACUGCUCGCCACGCAGGAGAAGCAGCUACAGGAGCUGAGAUUGCAAAAGAAAGUAAGCGACGAGAAAAGCCGGACCGCUCACUUGCAUCUAGAAAAGCAAAAUAGCACUAUCAGUCUAUUGCAGAGCUACAUAACAUCAUUAGUUCAAAGACUGCCGCCAUCGCAGUACCAGCCCCACCCAAAUCCGCUACCAAUGCGACGCAAAAGUCAAAAAUACCGCAGCGGAAAGUCGUCCAGGUUGGCUCCCACUACAGCAGUUACGCCAAGAUCCGUCUUGCUUUCGCCGCAGCAUGCAAGACACAACAACACCACUACCAUCGGCAACCCUCAGCUGCUCCUGAUGGCGGUGCCCAACGAACACUCACAACCUGCGCAGGACACGAUGGUGCUCGCGCCAAAACUGCAUCUUGACCACAUUCCAAGGCCGCCGCCCCACUUUUCAAAGCAACGACUACCACCACGUAUCCUCGAUCUGAACUCUUCAACUUUGAAAACGCUGCCAGAAGCGCCACAAAGCACCCAUACUGAUUUGCAGCAACUUACUCACGACGAUCAACUAUCGUCAAAGGACAAAUCCCAAGAAAAGACAGAGAGAGACGAUCUGCGAGACUAG